AACUACAGUUUUGCCUUCUUUGUUUCUGAUGUCAUAAACCUUGCUAGCUACACUGCUUCGAAGCUCUAAAACCCUAGUUCAAUGGCGCGCGUGCUCCGUUCUCUCAGAAAAUCCCUAGUUCACCAUCUUCACCAUCACCAUCACCAUCAUCAGAAAUUGCUUCUUCCACAGCUAGCUCGAAGAACUUACUUGUCGGAAAUGCGCAAUGAAGCUUUCGAAGGGAACAUGCUGAGGCUUCUCCGUCGCGAGAUUCAGUAUGAGCUCCAAUCUUCUCCUCCAAACCAGGCUACUACUUCCAAGUUUGAUUCCUUUGUGGUGGAUGGCCGACCCGGGGAGCGAUGGAUUACAUUGAAAAGACAAUAUGCAAAUGAAGAUAUCAAAGUUGAAGCCACCAUGUUCGAUGGGGUUGCUCCAGCUCCGACUACAAGUGGUGGUGUUGCGAAUGCGGAUGAGGAGCAGAUGCACAUUACCGUGAUUGUCAGCAUCUCCAAGGGAGACAGUAGCUACCUGGAAAUUAUGUGCUCUGCUUGGCCAGACAGUAUAGAGAUAAACAGGUUGGUCACAAGGUCGGAUGAGAACAUGUCAGACAAUCCCUAUUCCGGUCCCGAAUUCAAGGAAUUGGAUGAUGAAUUGCAAGAUAGGCUUUAUGAUUUCUUGGAAGUAAGGGGCAUAAAUGAUGGACUUGCUGUUUUCUUACACGGCUAUAUGAAAGGUAAGGAUAAAACAGAGUUCAUCAAAUGGAUGGAGAGGAUUAAGUCUUUUAUUGAAAGGAAAUAGCAGGAUCAAAAGUUUUGGAUGAUAGAAGCCAUUAUUAGUUAACAUUUCAAUGUAAUUUUGAUACUGAGAUUUGAACUAAAGCAGGUAUACAUUUUUAUGGAAAUAUUUGAUAACAAAAAAAAUUUAGCUAAAA